CCUUAUAUGUACAUAUCACAGAUUACAGAGUAACCUCUGUGAUCUGUGGUACAUAUAUAAGCCUUGUUCUAUGAUGUAUACGACCUAACCUCGAAUCCACCACAUUGUUUAUAUCAUAGAACGUUUAAUUCCCCCAUUUGUAAAGAUCAUCUUUAUGCUUUGGUCAGAGACAAGUCUUGUCUGUCAAGUACUUGUCUCUGCUUUGGUUUCAUUCGUUUCGUAGUGUUAUUAAGUGGCUCACUAGUGAAUGAAACCAGUAUAAAAAUAUUUCCUUUCCUUCAAAUGAUGUUGAGAACGGCUAUAUCUUCCUUCAACAGGAUUUCGGGUCAUAAUUCGUUUCUGAACGUAAACUCGUGUUUAAGCGAUCAAGUCCGAACAACGUACAUGCUAAAGAGAAAGUUUGCUCCGAAGCUUCAUAGAAAGGGUGCCACCCCUAAAAACCUGUUAGCUAAACACUACGUGUACGAACUAAUACGGGACACUAAUACAGUCAAAAAGCCCGACAUUGAAGUCGUGCUAACUGCAUUUGUGGAUGGUGUGGGAAACCUUGGCGAUAAAGUGACUGUGAGACCACUUUUCGGGUACAAUAAUUUACUUUUGCCUGGGUUAGCAGUUUACGCGACACCGGAAAAUAUCAUCAAGUACAAAAGAGAAACUGACGAGUCCAGCCAAAAAGUUCGGUACAGUUCGUCUAAUGCAUUAUUGAUGAUGAAAACCUUAUCCCGACACAUCCUGUCGGUAGUCAUGAAUAAGGAUCACCCUUGGACAAUUCAGCCUUGGCACAUAAAAGCUUCAUUUCGCAAAUCUGGCUUCGUCGUUCCAGAGCAUGCAAUCACUCUCCCUGAACAACAAAUUACCGGACCCGAUAUGAGUUUAGAGAAUAAACAGUUUUAUGUUACAGUUACGAUAAAUAAAUCGGAAUCCGUUGACGUACGUUGCCGACUCCACCAUUGGAGCACCGAAGUGGUUGAACGACUUCCAUAUGUAGAAAAAUUCUGGGAUAUUCCGACGGAUGUUAUUCAUCCUGAAUUUGCGGAUGUGUUACAGCGGAUGCAGGGUGAAAAAGAAACUAAAAACGUGGAUCAUUGUGAAUGAAAAGUGCUGCGCUGACAAGUUUUCCGAAAUGUUAGGGAAGAGUUCAAAAACAGACCUUAUUAUUGUUUACAGGAAAAUUGACUUGAAAAACGUAUAAAAUAGUGCGUAAGUAGAUGACAUGGGUUUUAUUGUAGAAACUUCUCUUCCGCAAAUAAAACGUUAUUCUUGUCGAUGUAAAAUUAUCAAUAAGAUCAAAAUCAAAGUUUAAACCAGAUUUUCUUGAGGACAAGGAGACCCAAUACAAUUGUUUCUGUGUAAACACUAAUCUCAAAACCAAUAUCUGAAUGCACGCAAGUUUAAUUGUUUUCUCUGGACAAAAGCAACAACGUGUUAAUUAAUAAAAAGAUAAUUGAACRCCYUUUAAAA